GUGGACGCAGUUUUGGGCCCAGUCAAAACAAAGCGCCCGUCCACAGAUCUGCCUCUUUUACCUCUUAUUUCUCUCCAUCUCUCACCUCAAAUCGGGAUUACACCAGGAUUACACCGGGGAUUACACCGGGGAUUACACCGGCCCCGCGCGGCAUGAGGCGCACAGCGGCCCCGCGGCGCGCACGCGUCCACGAGCGUUUCCACCGCGGCUCCGCGGCUCCUGAGCCGCAGCUUCUGUGAUGGAGGCGGCGGAGGAGUCUGAGCACCACCAGCACCACCAGCACCACCAGGACCAGCCCCGGGGGCUCCUGAGCCUCCAGCCGGAGAUGGGGGAGUAGCUCCCGGUUUAGACUGUCCCUCCCCGCUCCACGCGCUCUCCCCGGGCUCCAUACACUGUCCCCCGGCCCCGUACUCCACGCACUCUCCCCGGGCUCCAGGCCCCGUCCCGGGUCCCACACUCAACCCCCGGGCCCCCGGUUCUCCGGGCCCCCGGUGCUCCUCCCCGGGCCCCCGCUGCUCCGGGCCCCCGGUGCUCCUCCCCGGGCCCCCGCUGCUCCGGGCCCCCGGUGCUCCGUCAUGGCCCCGGGCUCACUGGUGGCUCUGUGCCGGAGCCUGGCGCUGUCUACGUGGCUCUUGUCGUUCAGUUUCGUUCACUUGCUGUGUCUGGACUUCACGGUGGCGGAGCGGGAGGAGUGGUACACGGCCUUCGUGAACAUCACGUACACGGACCCGGUGACGGCGGACUGGCGCACGGAGAAGACGGAGUGCGGCCGCUACGGGGAGCACUCCCCCAAACGGGACGCGCGGGGGGUGGUGGUGCUGCCGCAGACGGACCGUUUGGCCUGUGACCCCCACGGGCGCUUCGCGGUGCCUCCGCGCGCGGGGCCGUGGGUCGCGCUCAUCGCGCGCGGAAACUGCACGUACCGCGACAAGAUCCGCCACGCGGCAGCGCUCAACGCCUCCGCAGUGGUCAUCUACAACGUGGGCUCCACCAACGCCAACGACACCAUCACCAUGCCCCACCCAGGUACGGGGGAGGUGGUGGCCAUCAUGAUCCCGGAGGCCAAAGGUCGCGAGCUGUCCGUCCUGGUGGAGCGGAACGUGUCCGUCUCCAUGGCGAUCUCCAUCGGGACGCGGAACCUUCAGAAGUACGUGAGCCGCACGUCCGUCGUCUUCGUGUCCAUCUCCUUCAUCGUGCUCAUGAUCAUCUCGCUCGCCUGGCUCGUCUUCUACUACAUCCAACGCUUCCGCUACGCCAACGCACGCGACCGCAACCAGCGCCGCCUGGGGGACGCAGCCAAAAAAGCCAUCUCCAAACUGCAGGUGCGGACGCUCCACAGAGGCGACCGGGAAACAGAGCCGGACUUCGACAACUGCGCCGUGUGUUUAGAGGCGUACAAGGCCAACGACGUGGUGCGCCUCCUCCCCUGCAGACACUUGUUUCAUAAGAGCUGUGUGGACCCCUGGCUCCUGGACCACAGGACCUGCCCCAUGUGUAAAAUGAACAUCCUCAAAGCGCUGGGCAUCGCCUUAAACGCAGACUGCCUGGACGACCUGCCUCUGGACUAUGAGCUGGCCCUGGGCGGUGUGGGCGGAGUCAUGGGCGGGGUCAUGGGUGGAGUCAUGGGCGGGGCUCUGGAGGCCAUGGUCUCCGGCGGGUCGAGCGACAGCACCGUGAGCGAGUCUGUGGCGUUGGACCCGGGUGUGCGGCGUCUGGAGCUGCCUCAGGACUACCACGAACACGACACGCUACGAGACACGCCAACGCACACGCUAAGAGACAGCCCCCUGACCGCCACCACGGACACACGAUCAGAUGUGUUGCCGAUGGCGAGUAGUUCGUCAAUGGCUUCGCUCGUCAUCGCCGUGGAGACGGGCCUGUCGGACGAGGAGGUCACCAUGGAGCACCCGGGCAAGUCCUGAACCCGGGACCAGGACCGGGGCUAAACCAGGACUAAAGCAGGACUAAACCAGGACUAAACCAGGACUAAACCAGGACUAAACCAGGAGACUGGGCUCUUGAACAGUCUAAACCGUUGGGACCUUCAGAUGAACUUGUCCAGGUUUAAGUCCAGUUUUGGUUUGACUCAGAGCCUGGUGUGACCUCUGACCCCGGCGCUCCCAAAGGUCGACCUCUGACCCCGGCUCCAAGCUGCCAAACGACGCGCUGCAUGUGUGGACUCUACUCUUUAAACUGUGGAUUUUAAACGUUUGCUUUGGACAAGAGACAAAUGUUUGAAUGUUUUUAUGAAAUGCAGUGUUUUUAUUUCUCGUCUUAGACACAAAAUGUUCACCACAAACCAAUGAAACGGCUUCUUUUGUUAAGUUUAAGUUGAUUCUUCUAAAACAGUGCCAGUGUUUAACGUUCAAACAUAAACAUUAAACUAGUCUACAGAAUGAGACUGAGAGCUUGUCGUUGGUGGGCGAACGCUUAACCCAUUGCACCACAUGAUGUUUAAAGAGGAGGUUCUGCAAAGUCGACUUUUGUGUCUUUGUCCCACGUUCUAACGCUUUUCACAAACAUGAAGAGGUUUAGAGUCAUGUUUGAGUAAUCUAGAGAUCUCUCCACGCUCUAUUCAAACCCUCCUUUAAGUUUACUGUACGAGGCUCCGCCCACAAGUCUACAUCACCCACGCUCCACACGACAAUCCUCCAUAAAUAAACAAAAACAUGAUACAAACUGUGCACUAUGAUGUGACAAACCUGGUGUGAUGUGCAG